ACUGUCACUCUCUGAAUCUCUCUCUCCAGAAAACAGAGGCCACAGGAACAGCUGAGCUCGCGCCUUUUUCGACUCCCUCCAGCCCCUUUCAUCCCCCUUUUUUCUCUCACUGCGCCUGCGUCACUAGUGUCAAAAAGCGUCGCAAUGGGAAACGAAGCUGGUGCGGAAAGCAGUCGAAAAAUAUAAAUAUACGGAGGAAACAAAACUAGCCAGACACAAAAAGAAUGUUGUGGUCCAGUAAAUAAAUUUGCAUUUGCUGCCAAUUAUCGAUUAAGUGUGUGCCGGUUUACUCGAAAGUCAAAGUAUUUUUGUAUGUAAUCGUACAUAGUUUACGUCGGCCCUCCAGUGCGCCGCGUCAUGAAUUUGUGAAAAAUAUAUGGAAUCAUAAGUCCUAAUAGUUUUAAACAAUUACACGAAAAGCGAAAAAGGCAAUAAAUAAAAAGCAAAGGCGAGCAGCAUAAGAACCGCGCCGCGAGCAAAACAAAAAACAGAAAUAGGAAAAAACUGAAAUAUAAUACUUAAUCCCAGUCGAAGCUGCGGUUCAAGCUCGAUGACGUCACAAGCGCGGCUUCGGCCGAGCGGCGCGCGGUAGGCAGCGCAGUCGACGCCGACGUCGACGCCGACGCCGACGCCGGCGAUAUAUCCAAUAGCGCGCCAAAAUAAGAAGUCGAAAUUCAUUCCUUUCGAGCCCACAACGUUCAAAUUCGUUUGCUACGCUCACGAGAGCGGACGUGCAGUGCGGAAAAAUCCGACAAAAUCAGGCAAAGUCCCAGAUCCAAACUAAAUACGGAAUAAGCAGAGAUACAAAAGCGCAAUUCCACACGAAACAAAGUCAAAGCAAACCCAAAUUAAUAUCGCGUCUGUUGCUUGCGGUUGUGUUUCGUCUGCAUUUAAAUUAAGGGGCAAAAACUACGAGAAAUUACAUAAAUCGAAAGCUAAUUAAAUCGAAAACCUGUGUCUUAGCCAAGUGUGAUUAACUGCCCGAAACCCAAACAGAUCAUAUUCGAACCGAGCAAUCCAGUGCCAGUCUGUGUAAAAUGGAGAAAAACAACAACGAGCUGCCCGCCGAGCAAGCGCAGGUCCUGGCCAAUGGAGUGGUCCACCCUAAAAAGGAGGCAGUCGCUCCCGCCUCCGAUGGCUGGGGUCAAGUCCUGUGGAAUACCUGGGAUGCGUUUGCGGACGUGGCCUGGUUCAUCAUCUGCUGCAUUGGAUACAUCCUGCAGGAUCUUUACUACAUUGCCCUCGGCUAUCCCGAAAAGGAGCUGAACACAGACAUCGCACUGAUCACAGGUGGAGGCAACGGCCUUGGUCGCCUUCUGGCUGAGAGACUGGGAAAAAUGGGAACCAAGGUCGUUAUCUGGGACAUCAACAAGAAGGGCAUUGCCGAAACCGUCCAGAUUGUCGAGGAAGCGGGUGGCUAUUGCAAGGGCUAUGUGGUGGAUAUAUCCAAAAAGGAGGAGGUCUACAAGGCAGCCGAUGCCAUCAGAGACGAAGUCGGUGAUAUCACUCUGCUGAUCAACAAUGCGGGCGUGGUAUCUGGGCUGCACCUUUUGGAUACACCUGACCAUCUGAUCGAGAGGUCGUUCAAUGUGAAUGUCAUGGCACACUUUUGGACGACAAAAGCGUUUCUGCCCAAAAUGAUUGAGAAUGAUCGAGGACACAUUGCCACGAUCGCCUCGCUGGCCGGCCAUGUGGGCAUUAGCAAAUUGGUCGAUUACUGUGCGAGUAAAUUCGCAGCGGUUGGCUUUGAUGAGGCUUUGAGGCUGGAGCUGGAAGUCCUUGGACAUACGAACAUCCGCACCACCUGCAUCUGCCCCUUCUUCAUCCAGGCCACUGGCAUGUUCGACGACGUGAAUGCCAGAUGGGUCCCCACACUGAAUCCCAACGACGUGGCCGAUCGUGUCAUUGCGGCCAUCAGGAAGAACGAGAAACUGGCCGUCAUUCCCGGUUUCCUGAAGGUCCUCCUCUCCUUCAAGUGGACCUUCCCCUGGGGCUGCGUGGGUGGCUUGCUGAAGCGCCUGGUGCCCGACGCCUCCCCCCACGGCCUGCCCAGCUCCAUAGCCGCCCCCGCCCUGCCGCCGAACUCCAGUUCCAAGUCGACGGCCGCCGAUAUCGCCGCUCUGGAUGCUGAGCUAAGCAGCGUUACCCUGCCGGCGAAGCCACCCUCGAUGCUCAUCCAAAGGACACCGUCGCUGGGGGAGCGAGUCCUUUGAGCGCCCAACACCAGAGCACACCAUCCACUCCUCCUGUUGAAUUCGCAUUAUUCUUUUUCCAACGUCGUGCAUUUUAUGAGCGUGGAGUUACGAGCAUGUGUAAUUGAAUUCGUGUUUUUGGCGUUUUGGCUGCGAGGAAGCAAUACUUAAUCUAAGCUACGAAUCUAGUGAUAUUACAUUUAGUUAAAGUAGAUUGAAGGGGAAAGCGUUUAGCCUUAAUUAAUCGAAUUGUAUUUUUGUAAUGCCUCUUAAGUUAAGGUAAUGUUUUGCAUUUCCGAUUUGCCAGUAGUCAUCACCUAAUUUAAACAAUCCUCCCAGCCGAAUAUAUGUAAUCGAAGUUUUAAGCCAUUAUUUUUGUACCUAUACGAAUACAAUCAAAACCCUUUGCUCAAAGGCGUGGUCCAAUUCGAAAACUAAAUAUAUCUUUGUUACACGUUUACUCGUUUCUUAGCUGUAAUAAAUUUUAGUUCAUUUAGCUUAGAAUUACACGAAUUAUUGAACAAAUUCGUAUACUUGUAUGUAUAAAAACCAAUUUAUGUUCUAAAUAUAUUAUGUAAAAACAUUG